GCAUUUGAAUAUUUUGGUGUAUAUUUUGCAAUAAUUAUUAGUGUUGGAAAAAAGAUUUUUUCUUUUUUAUUAGUCUUAUUCAUUAUUAUAAUAAGUUUUGCACAUGCAUUUUAUAUUUUAUUAUCACCAAAAUCUGAAUUUUCACUUGAUCAAUAUAAUACAAAUAGUAAUGAUGAUCCAAAUAAUCCUUGGAAUUUAGCUCCUAGUUAUAGUCAAAUUGAUAAUAAUGGAAAUAUAAAUUCCAAUCCACUUAUGAUUCAAAUUCCUGAUGGAAAUACAAACAUGUUUAUAGAUGUUAAAACUUCCCUUUUUGCUAUAUAUUUAUUUUUAAUAGGUAUAUUUAAAUUUUCAUAAGUGAUUCAAGCGCAUUAUCCAAUUGGACAUAUACAGAAAAUUCAUCAAUUGCAGUAUUGAUUGUUUUAUUUUCC